AUGGAACCAACAUUUUCACAAUUAUCGCAACAAGAAUGCCUUGCUGAGUUACUGUCUGUUUUCGGCAACGAAGCGCCACAUCAGUCGACAAUUUCCCGUUGGUAUGGAGAAUUCAAACGUGGACGGGUGAGUCUUAGCGACGAUCCCAGGGUGGGUGCGCCAAAAACGGGAGUCACCCUGGAAAACGUCGAUGCUGUGCGCAAACUCAUCAUUGAAGAUAGACAUGUGACAUAUCGCGAGAUUGAGGCGUCCUUGAAGAUCUCAAAGACCUCAAUUCACAAAAAUUUACAUGAAGAAUUAGGAGUAAGAAAAUUAGUUUCUCGUUGGAUACCCCACCUGUUGACUGAAAAGCAGAAAGCAGCCAGGGUUAAUUGGUGUCAAAAAACGCUUGACCGUUUCAAUUCCGGAGACUCAAAAAAUGUGUACAGCAUUGCUAGUGGUGAUGAAUCUUGGAUUUACUGUUAUGAACCAGAAAAUAAACGACAGUCGGCUGUUUGGCCAACAAAAGUCAUCCGUUCUCGAAGUGUUUCGAAAAAUAUGGUCGCGGCAUUUGUGUCAAAAGCGGGUCAUAUUGCAACAAUUCCUCUUAAUGACCAAAGAACUGUUACUGUGGAUUGGUAUAUCACCAUUUAUUUGCCAAAAGUCAUCACCGAGCUUCGAAAAAUCAACCCCGAAAGAAUAAUCAUCCUCCACCAAGACAAUGCAAGCUCGCACACAGCCCAAAAAACAAGGCAGUAUUUAACGGAAGACAACGUGGAAUUAUUGGUCCAUCCUCCAUAUAGUCCCGCUCUAAGUCCUAACGAUUUCUUUACUUUCCCGAAAAUUAAAAACAGACUGCGUGGUCAAAGGUUCCAGUCACCAGAAGAAGCAGUUGACGGAUUCAAAAAUGCCGUUUUGGAUCUGCCAGCAAACGAGUGGAAUAAGUGCUUCGAAAAUUGGCCAUAA